UUGUCUGCCCUACAGGAUGCAGUCCCUGAGCCUGUCCUGGCUGGGCAUGGGUCCAGUGCUGGCCUCCUCAUGGCAUCUUCUGCUGCUCUUCGGGGCUUCUUGGCUCGUGGCGAGAAUUCUGGCCUGGACUUACUCCUUCUAUGAGAAAUGCGCUCGCCUUAGAUGCUUCCCUCAGGCCCCUAAGCGGAACUGGUUUUUGGGUCACCUGGGCACGAUCCAGAACAAUGAGGAAGGCAUGAGGAUGGUGACUGAAAUGGGCAAGACCUUCCGAGAUGUCCAACUCUGUUGGCUGGGUCCUGUCAUCCCUGUUCUAAAGCUCGUUGACCCUGCAUUCAUUGCCCCGCUGCUCCAGGCUCCAGCUUUGGUGGCCCCCAAGGACAUGACUUUCUUAGGCUUCCUGAAGCCCUGGCUGGGGGAUGGGCUCUUCCUGAGUUCAGGUGACAAGUGGAGCCAACGUCGUCGUCUGCUGACACCAGCCUUCCACUUUGACAUCCUGAAGCCCUAUGUGAAGAUUUUUAACAAGAGUGUGAACAUCAUGCAUGCUAAGUGGAAGCGCCUGGCCUCGGAAGGCAACGCCUGUCUGGAAAUGUUUGAGAACAUCAGCCUCAUGACCCUGGACAGUCUGCAGAAAUGCCUCUUUGGAUUGGACAGCAACUGUCAGGAGUCUCCCAGUGAAUACAUUGCUGCCAUCUUGGAGCUCAGUGCCCUGGUAGCAAAAAAGUACCAGCAGGUCUUCCUGUAUGUGGACUUCCUGUACUACCUCACUGCUGAUGGGAGGCGCUUCCACAAGGCCUGUGACCUGGUGCAUGACUUCACAGAUGCUGUCAUCAGGGAGAGACGCCACAUCCUCUCUAGCCAAAGUGUUGAUGAGUUCCUGAAGUCCAAGGCUAAGUCUAAGACCUUGGACUUCAUCGAUGUGCUCCUGUUAGCCAAGGAUGAACAUGGAAAGGAGCUGUCAGAUGAGGACAUCCGGGCAGAGGCUGACACCUUCAUGUUUGGAGGCCAUGACACCACAGCCAGUGGGCUCUCCUGGACACUGUACAACCUGGCGAAGCACCCAGAAUACCAGGAGCGCUGCCGGCAGGAGGUGCAGGAGCUGCUGAGGGACCGAGAGCCUCAGGAGAUUGAAUGGGACGACCUGGCCCAGCUGCCCUUCCUCACCAUGUGCAUCAAGGAGAGUCUGCGGCUGCACCCUCCGGUUACAGACCUGGUCCGGGGCUGCAUCCAGGACAUUGUGUUGCCUGAUGGUCGAAUCAUCCCCAAAGGGAGCGCGUGUGUCAUCAGCAUUUUCGGAGUGCAUCAUAACCCUUCAGUCUGGCCAGACCCUGAGAUCUAUGACCCCUUCCGCUUUGACCCAGAAAACCCUCAGAAGAGAUCACCUCUGUCUUUUAUUCCCUUUUCUGCCGGGCCCAGGAACUGCAUAGGACAGACUUUCGCCGUGAACGAGAUGAAGGUGGCGCUGGCGCUGACCCUGCUGCGUUUCCGCGUCCUGCCCGACAAGGAGCCGCGCAGGCAGCCUGAGCUGAUCCUGCGAGCCGAGGGCGGGCUGUGGCUGCGGAUGGAGCCGCUGAGCUCGCAGUGA